CUGCCGCUUCGGGAAUUUUUCUUGCGUUUAAGAUACGCUAACUAUUUAGGACUUUCGACUCAGUUUAUAUUCACCAUGGUAAGUGCUAUUGUGAACGUUGUCUUAGCUGAGAGAAAAGAGCAGUUUUCUCCGUACGAUCAGUGCACUCAGCUGUAUGCAAUCUCAUUGAGUUCCUUCCACAAUUAUUCUGCACAUCUAAAUGUAAUUAUCUCCCAUAUAGUCGUAGCCUUUUAUUUUGAACUGCAAAUGUUUUGGCUGCCUUUGCCAUACCUUCACCAAAUCAGGUGUUGCUGUUAUAUGAGAGCUUUUUGAAGCAACCAAAUGUCACUCGUAAACGCUCCACAUGCAUGAAUUCUGAUGGUCAGUGAAAUUUGUGAUGUUAAUUUAACUAACCAGCAAUUUAUUCGACUCCUUGUUUAGACGGAGAGGCAACUUGACUGUGCGUUGGAUUUGAUGCGUCGGCUACCUCCUCAACAAAUUGAGAAGAAUCUUAGUGAUCUAAUCGAUUUGGUGAGUACUCAAAUCAGUCACUGUUAUGUUUGGUAAGGUCAUAUAUAGAGAGCAUAAUUUUUGCGAUUAUGCUAAACAUUAAAGCUCGCGAUCCUACAACCAAAAGUUAACGAGUGUGUGCUUAAAAGUUUUUUCUUGCCAAACGCGGUUAUAAGUUUUAAUCGGGGCUAAUUAUUGAAAAUUUAAUGCAUUGUUAACCGUGAUCAUUACCUUUCACGGCAAUUACGUUCUUAUUUUUCUGUUAUGACAAGACUUCUGAGUGGAGCAUCGAUCAUCUUGAUUAUAUGCCAUUGUGUUUGACAGUUUAUAUUGAUUACAAUAUUCUAACCAACACAUAUUGUUUAAUAUUUGGCUUCCCACAGAAUGUGUUUUUGUCAAGAUUCCAUCCCGAAUUUGCCAGUGAUACUUUAGUCAAAGCAAUUUAAAGAAGGAAAAGAAACCGUUUCCUUUUGCUUUAGCUUCCAGGUGAAAGCCUGGCAUCCUUUACACUGUGAUGUCAUUUUACCAUAAAAGGGCAGGAAAAACAAUCGAUGCAAACUGCUGCCAGGCAGUAAUAAACUAGUUUGACAGGUUUGAGGGCCUGUCACAAUCUUGAGCAAAUGUGUGGUGAUUUGAUGUUUGCUCUAUUAAUUCAAAAGUCUUUCAAAGUUAUUUUUUUCAAUCCAUUUUGUUUUUAUGGUUUCAUGGUAAUUAUGAUUGAUGGAUUUGUAAGCGUUGGUUGAAUAUUGUUGACAAGUUCACAUUUAACUGAAAACUGUAGUCAGCAAAAGGGAAAGCUAGGUGAUUGACGCAAAGGCCAAGGGCCAAGUAGUCUGCUACACAGCCGUUUUUAGUGUCAUCACGCAAUGCUCCUCCCCACAAAUGGCUGCUGAGAAUCGAACCACACUCCUUUCCCAUGGUUAGCUACCAUUUUCUGGAUGGUGUUUACACCAAUCACAGCUUUGCUUUUAUUGGUGCCCUAUGUGUAAAUGACAGAACGAUUAAAAUCGUCAUGUGAAAAGGGUAGUGUUUUGUUGUCGCGCUCUAUUCCAAAUUUAUGAGGUAAGCAACAGCAGCAAGCGAGUUGAGCAAAUGUGAUGCACAACAUGGAUGUGCUUAUAAAGUUGCCAGGUAUAGUUUCAGGAAAUCGCUCAUCGGUGAUUUAAAAGAUUGCUUUUGUUUGAAUCAGUUAAAUUAACCCUUGAGAGUUUACAUGUACAGCAACACAAUGAGCACAUCCAGCACAUGAAAUUCAUCAUACAUUUGCACGUUAAAAAGAACCAACCAACCUGGUAAGAGUCUUGUAGGCCUAUCAAUCUUUUUUUCACAUGGAAAUUUGUUAACUGCUUAACAAAGUUUUAUGUAAAUUAACCUUUUUUCAUUGCUUGAAGACAUAGAGCCUGUCCAAAUUCAGCAACAGUUUAUUAAUUUGUCGAAAAUUGAGAAGUGUGUUCUGUUCCUAAUGCCCUGUGGCUCAUGUAUUGUCUAGUUUCAUAUACAUGAUUGGUCUGUUCGUUAGACUGCAAACACAAAGGGAAAGGAAUGUGGUUUGAUUCUCAGCAGCUAUUUGUGGGGAGGAGCUUUGGAUGACGACGCCAAAACUGGCUGCGUAGCAGAGUAAGGGUCAAGGAAACUCUGAGGUGGAUGUCAAGAAUUGAAAAAAACUCUGUUUUGAUGAUCUCUGCAGGCAGGGGCAAAGGGGAAAAGUUUCACCAGCCACAUUGUAGCAAAGUUUGCACAACUGUACUCUUACUAUACAAGUUCCAGAAGCUUGGAAAUUCCCUGCUUCCAGAUGGGGAGAAAUUUUUUCCCCAUUUAUCUGCCCCUAAGAUUCUUCUGCUUUUAUAAUGGAUCUCAGGGUGUUCAUUGGUCAUUGGAGAUCUGAGAAUUCACCGUUUACUAAACAGAAUUCUCUGACUAAUGAUCGGUAGCCUAUGACUAUUUUUUACUCAAACGUGGAGCCUCAUUCAAAAUAUUCUCCAGUAAUGUUACACCUUCCUCCUGCUACUAGGAUUCUUAAUGAAAACCCUGGUAACUUGACAAGAAACACCCCCACAAGGGCUGUCACCAAGAGCCGGGGGCUGGGGAUUUUCCCUGGCUACUAUGAGCGUGAGUCUUGGCUACCCUUAUAGGAAACAAAAGGAAAAUAGACCCAUAAAGAGAACUCCCUAGCUGUACAAUUCCCCUCCUGCUAAUUGUAUAUACCCAGCAACCUGAAAUUUUAGCAGUAGCCCUGCCCUGUCCCACCCCACCCCUUAACUAAAAGAACACUUCGAGCUGAUGGAAAAAGUAAUAAUGUUGUGACCAUCUCUCGUAAAGCCACACUUACAUAAUUAAUCUCUAUUUCACGGCAAGGCAAAGAAGAUGUUUGCCAGCAUUACAUUGGUUUUCAGCAGAAAAGAACUGACACAGGCCAAGAUCAGUAAUAUUAUUAUUAUAAUGAAGAUCAGUGGAUGUGUCCUGUACAGGGCUCCAUCACUGUAAAUUGUAAAAUAUGUUUUGCAAGUUCUACAUUUCCUCUUUGUAGGUUCCACCCCUUUGUGAGGACUUAUUAUCAUCUGUUGAUCAACCACUUAAGAUUGCUAGGGAUAAAAGUACAGGAAAAGAUUACCUUCUCUGUGACUACAAUAGAGAUGGUGACUCCUACAGGUAAAUAGUACUCUGUUUUCAAAAAUGAUAAUAUUGUUAUUAUUAACCCAUUUGCCUCUAAACCAUAAUUUUUUGCCAAAAAGGGGCAAAUAGUUUAAGAUGAAAUCCAUUAGGAAAUUGAGUAAUUUUAAUUUUCAGUGGACAAAACCUUUUACCAGAAUAAUUUCAAGCAUAUUGCAUUCUUUUUCACACUUUUCAAGGGCUAUAAUGUAAUAAGUUGUAUAAAAUUAAUAACUCUGAAGAAAAGGUUAUUAUUGGAACCCGCGAAAACAAACUCCAAAAGCCUCAAAUUUCACAAAAUGAAGUCUUGCACAUGAUGAUUGUACAUGUGUUUUCUCAAUUCCUGUGAAAUUUGAAAUUUAUUUCCUCAGGUUCCCGUAAGAAAUUGUCUUUGGUGUUAUUACUGAUAACUAAUUACAUCUAUAACCCUUGAAAAGUGUGAAAAAGAAUGGGAUAUGGCUUAAAAUAUUCUGGUACAAGGUUUUUGUCUACUCAAAAUUGAAAUCACUCAAUUUCUUAAUGGAUUCCUUCUUAAAUAUAUAACAUUGCACAAUCUUGCAGUAUAAAUCCCUGGAGGCUUUUCGGUUGUAGACUGAACAGUCAAGCUACAAUCUUUGUUAGAAGUGGUCAACUAGCCUAACCCUACGAAUGCAGACAUAUUUCCAGCUUUUGUCACCCUUCUCACCAAGCCACAAGUGCUUGCAGCCAUUCCUUUUCAGGAGAGAUGUGACAGGUGGAAAUGUUCUGCUCUCUCAGGCUCAGCUACCCUUGUCCCUGUAGCUUUCCUCAUCAGGGCAAAAAAAUUCAAAUAGUUUAAUGUUUUUUUGGUUUCUUCUUAGAUCACCAUGGAGUAAUACAUAUGAUCCUCCUUUGGACGAUGGAGCAGUGCCCUCUGACAGAUUAAGGAAGUUAGAAAUUGAUGCCAACACUGCCUUUGAUCAAUACAGGGAAAUGUAAGUCAAGCUUGUCACAAGUUUGCAGAGCUCGAAAAAACUUGAAUUUAAGCCUGUCCUUUGGGCAAGCAGCUUUCAUGUUUACUUACCCAGGGUCACUUCUUGCUUGUCUUAGUUAAUGAUUUUGUUAGAGGAUAACUUGCCUGCAGGACCCUUGGCCAUUGACCACUAUUAGUAAGCCAUUGUUCGUACAAUCUUGAAAAGGUCUUGAAUUUUAGCAGUCAUCUUGAAAAGACCUUGAAUUCAGUUUAGGUCCUUGAAAAGUACUUCCCCAAGGUUUCUUUAUUAGGUCUUGAAAAGUCCUUGAAAUUCACAACCUUGUCUAAGCCAGAGACCUUUUUCUGUAAAAUUUGAUUAUUUUGCCAAGGAAAAUUUGGCUCAUCCUCCCCCUUUAGCCAAUAGGGUGAUCAUAGGGGCUUAAAGAAUGCGAAUUUAUUAAAUAAAUCUUAGUCCUCAAAGACUGUAAUUUGUCCUUGAAAAAUCCUUGAAAAGUCCUCGAAAUUUGUUUGUCUGAAGUUGUAUGUACCAUGUAAGAUUUAAAAGUGACCUGCCCCGCUUGAAAAUCUACUUGUCCAGACCACUGGAUGGGACUUUUUUCGAGCCCUGGUUUGUUGUCAUGUUGCAUCAUAAUAGAGCAAUUUCGUUUUUGAAGCAGGUGUUUAAAUAGCCUUUGAAUGUAAAGUAUGUUGUGGCCGUUCUUUCUUUAUAGGACUCAAUUUUGGGAGUUGGCUUUGUAAACUCUUAGUUACUUUAACACCCUUCACUUAUCUUUUAGCUUCUGUUGUCUAUAUUCAUGUCUAAUGAAAUAUAAAUACUCAUUGUUUUCAUUAACUUCUGUAUCUUCCAUUGAAGAGUGAAAUAAACCUGACUUGACUCGAUGUUUUAUUUGUGUCGUAUACAUAGGUAUUUUGAAGGUGGUGUAUCAUCAGUUUACCUCUGGGAUUUAGAUCAUGGGUUUGCUGGCGUGAUCCUCAUCAAGAAAGGUUAAACUUGUCAGCCUUUUGGCUAGCUAUUACACCUCUGUGGAACUAGUUAAAAAAAAACUAUGUGAAGGGAAAAAAUAUUAGAAUAAACCAGUCACAUCACAGUGCAAGAAGACUACAUGUAGGGGAUCUUCAUGUAGACAGUAACAUUCAUUUCAUGUGGUGUACCAAAGUUAGUUAGGACAUUAAGUGAUAUCAAAAUGCACUGACAGCAGACAUCCAGUCUAACAGGAAAAAUAGCGUACACGUAAAAUGUAUGUAUAGACUUGUUUUCCUCAUUCCUUAAGUGUUGUAUUUACGUGCUUUGUUGUAAGCUAACAAAAAGUAACCUCAAGAAGAGUCAAAUGUAAAAUUCCGUCCUGUGCUGACAUUUCCUUAUGUAGGAUUUAUUCUAGGGCUCCUAAUUAAAUGUGGCUUAUUUCUUUAACGAGAUAGUUCUUUUAUUUUAUAUUUUGUUAAAGAAAUAAGAUUUUUGUCUACCGGUAUAAAAUGUUAAAAUGCUAAUAAUGAUAAUAAUAAUUUGUAUUGUAUUGUUGUCAUGCUAAAGGCAACCAUGGACUCAUCAUCUUUGGAGCAUUACUAUUGUUAGUAAUAUUGUGUCAAAGUGAAACUGCAUUUAGAAGGAGUGAAUUGCCAAACAGGAAAGAAUUCCUUUAAUUCCUUUUAAGUAAGAGGAAGUACUCUUUUCUUUGUGGUCAAAAGGUUUUUGCUUAUGCAUGUACUUUUAUUUUAGCUGGUGAUGGAUCAAAAAAGAUCAAAGGCUGCUGGGAUUCUAUCCAUGUUGUGGAGGUUCAGGUAUUUGUGGUUUGGUUGCCUUUAAUGAGCUAGAUAAACAAUAAGAAUAAUGGAUUUUUUGACACCUUGCAUUACUGAUUUUGCAUUCUCAAAGAUUUACUUGACAGGUUAGUGUUAAUUGUGUUUGUGCUGUUACCUUUCAGGAGAAAAGUGGUGGCCGACAAGCCCAUUAUAAGCUUACUUCAACUGCUAUGCUUUGGCUGCAGGUAUAAUCCAUCAUUGAACAGUUCUCUCUAAUUUACGACAGUUCAAGGUUGCCACAGGUCAGGAAAUGGUCAGGGAAAAAAAAUUCCUUAAAGUCAGGGGAAAGUCAGGGAAUUUCACUUUGAGUCAGGGAAAAUUUAUACCUUUGAACGAAAUCAAUGAAAAAUGAAAUGAUAAGAGUAUUUAUUCUUUUCCCUCUACUUUUAUUGACAUUUUCUAACAUUUAAAAUUCUUUUCUACAUUUUCCAGACAUGAAUUAUAUUGUUGUUCAUUGUGGAUUAUUGUUUAUUAUUGUUCAUAAAAUUGAAUGACAAGUUAUAUUAAGGAAGUAUCAAUUCAUAUAGACUGCUUGUGACUUGCUGAAAGCAUAAAUAAAUGGGUGGAGAGGAUGGCUGUUUGAGGGAAUGGUUGAGUCAUUAUCAGGAUUGAUAUUAUUUGUGAAAUUUUUUGUUAAUUCAGUUGGCCAGGGAAAUUUUACACAUGUCAGGAAAAAGUCAGGGAAUUUCAGAAACCUCUGGUUGUGGCAACCUAACCUGUGAUCAGGCAGUCCUUGUUUCCUUUUUGUUUUAAAAGGCGAGGGGAAAAGGAUUACCUUUUCCCGUCCACUGACUUUCUCACUUUCCGCAAAAAAAAGAAUGCCUGAUCGCAGGUUAGUGGCAACCAUGCUAUAUAAUUUAUCUUAAUUUUAGUUGUUUUGCCAGUUGUUGACAAGAUAACUGCGGGCAGCUUUAACCUUUUUACUGUGGGCCUACGAUAGUGUCCCCACCUGAUUUGUAAAAAAAGACUACCACACUGACUCUGUUGUCUGAAUAAAGGGGACACUUAGUGUCCCCUUUAUUCAGACAACAGUGUGCCGAGAACAUCUCUACCCAUUGAUGUAAUCAUCUGAAUUGAGAUAGGUGAACAUGAUCUUUUCACAUUUCUUAACCCUUUAAGUCCUAAGGGUGAUCAGCAUAAAAUUUCUCCUUAUCAUAUCCAUGCUUUUCCAAGCAAAUUUAAGAAACAUGAUCACACAAGAUAAAGAUAUCUGACAUCAAAUUCUCCCCACUUCUUAUAGGGACAAAAGAUAAGAACUUAAACUUUGAUUCUAGGGCUCAAAGGGUUAAGAUCCUAGUUGGAUGGAAAGUCAAGAUCAAGCAGUCUCAUUUGCCUGUUUUUUUGUUUGUAUUUUUUCUUUAGACUAAUAAGGCAGGAUCAGGAAUGAUGAAUUUAGGAGGGAGUUUGACAAGACAGGUAAUAGUUGUUCUUGUCACUUUUUGAUUGACAGGAUAAGGCACUGUUCUGUAACUUGAAAAUAAAGAAAACGGUCAAGGUUGACACUGUCCUUGUAACAAGGCAGGAAAAACCCAGGUGCCAUUGCCCAGGGCAAGUAAGUUUUGAUUGUGGGCAUGUAAGAAUAGAAGUUUGGUGCCCCAGUGGGCAAGUGAAAUAAUAGCCUCAGUGGUCCUGUGAGUCUGCCUAAAAGUGUCAAAUUUCCAGACAGAAACUACCGUAAAAUUCCAAAAAUAGGCCCUGGGGCUUAUAUUUUUCAAAGGCCCUUUUUGAGGGGCUUAUUUUUGGAGGGGCUUAUAUUCAGAGGAGCUUAUGUACGGAGGGAAAUUUGCGUUUCAAAAUUGAUUGGGCUAGCUUGUAGUGGGAAGGAAAUUUACCAUUUUUGCUUUGUUUUACUUUGUAUGCAAGGGCCAAUUCCAAGUACAAGCCCCCCGGGGGGCUUUUUUUCGGAGGGGCAAUUUAACAGAGGGUUUUUUGCAUUACGAUUUUGGGGGGCUUAUAUUUGGAGGGGCUUAAACAUGGAGGGGCUUAGUUUCGGAAUUUUACGGUAUUUCAAAACUGAAGACUGCAAGGUGACUGACACAAUUAGUUGAAAGCAUGAAUAUAUCUGUAUAAAAUCCAAGUGUACGUUUGCUUGCUCAUGUUACUUCUCUAGGCCCAAUAUUGGUCAAAUACAAUAGUUACUCUGUAUCUGGCUCCACAUUUAGUACUAGUAAUAUCAUGCACUUUGUUUUAAUUUAUAACUUAUUAUAGUCAGUACCUUAGAACUGUAGCUGAUGACCUGUGCACUGGGCAAUUGGAUUUCAAUUUUUUUCCAGCCCUUUUAUAAUAUUGCACUAAAACGAAGUUUACUUUUAGGUUGAAGCAGACAGUGCUGUGAGUGAUGCUAGUCCCCAUAUUGCUAACAUUGGAAGGCAGGUUGAGGUAUUGUCUAAUUUGAAAAGUAUUUUUCCCCAGGUGUUAUUUCAUGUCAUAGAAGUGUACUCAGCAUUGCAAAUUUUAUUCUGUCGUGUUUUUUUCUUUUUCUUUUUUAAGGAAAUGGAAAACAAGAUGAGAAAUACUCUGAAUGAUAUAUACUUUGGCAAAACAAAGGAUAUUGUAAAUGCCUUGAGGUAA